AUGGGCUCUGUGCUCGGGAACGCGAGCAGCCCGGCUGCUCCUACAACUGGCGCUGCGACGGGUCCCUCUUUUCCGUCGCCCGCGGUUGAGAUAGUGAUAGACCCAGCCCAGGGGCCGUUCCUUGGAGGCGACCCGACGGCUAUACCUGAUGUUCCCGUUACGGCCGUAUUCCUGGUGCUGUUUAUGAUUGGUGCUGGCACUCAUAUCAACAUCUACCGGGCGAACGCCAAGCGGGGUCACAAGUUCCUACUGUCGGAUCUCAUUUUUGAUUUUUGUAUGAUUCGGAAUUUCACGUGUAUCUUUCGCAUCAUCUGGGCAUUUGUGAAUACACGGGGUGUGAUCUUGGUGGCGCUGAUUUUCGAGUUUGGGGGUGCCGCGGUGAUUUUCGCCGUCAAUAUCUUUUUCGCACAACGAAUAGUGCGAUCCAUGCAUCCGAGAAUCGGCUGGCACCCGUUAUUCGGCAUCGUCACCCUCUUCUUCAUCUGGUCCGUUCCGGCCAUCAUCGUGCUACAGAUCAUCGCCCUGAGCGUCAGUUUCUUUAGUGUGGGCAAGGAGGCCCAGCUCCAGGCAACCGAGACGGUACUUCGCGUUGGCAGUUCCUGGGGCGUCGGUCUCUCUCUCCUUCCCCUUGUAUUGCUGUUUAUCGCGGCCGCCAUUCCGACCACCGGAAAGCCUGAGAGGUUUGGCCAAGGGCAACUGACGACCAAAGUCGCUGUUAUGGUUUAUGGGGCCACAACCCUGGCAUCUGGUGCGGUGGUCAGACUAUUUACCAUAUUACAUCCCGCACGCCUGGGUUUGGAGGGGACCAUAUUCGGAAAAGCCGUCUUCUACACGACCGGCUUCAUGCUCGAGAUCAUUGUCGUCGCUCUGUAUGCGGUAGCCCGAGUUGAUCUUCUCUUCCACAUCCCGAACGGUUCCAGCAAACCAGGCGACUACUCGGCCAAUUUUCAGCAUGGCAAGGCGUCUAGAUCUCUGGGUGAGCUACAAUACGACAUAGAGGAGUCUCUCGGCCUCCUCGGCGUCGAGUACCAGAUGAUCAACCCCCCCUUCCACACGGAUGAGAAGACGGAAGUUGUCAUCGCCAAGCUCUUCUGCACUCGUAUUCCACCAACACAGCAGCAGCAGCGACGGCCAGAAAACGCAAAUCCCGGUUUUGAGACAGACAGCAUGUCUGAACUCAUCAUAUCCAGCCGGCCAAAUCGUGUCAGUCGCCGCGCUACACUGUCAGAUGGACUGCACUCCAUCAAGCCUGUUCGCACCCUCAGUAGAGCUACUCUCAAAGCCGACAGUAGUAAGCGCCCUGCCCACCCGGAGCGAAAUAUGCCACAGGGCGAGUACAUCACGAGCCCGCCAGACGAUCACGCACCUUGGUACGGGAACAGGCGGCAUGAUUCCGUCGGAUCCGUUGACUCGAGGACAGCGAUGCGAACUCUGCCGACCUCGCCUGGGCCGAAAUCGAAGACGUCUUCGCCGGCUCCGGGGAUGAUGUCCGGCGGACUGGAGGCAGGGCAACGCACGAGGAAUGAUUCUGUAGAUCGAUAUUUUGUGCCCGAAAAGGUCGUUAGGGAGAAGUCUUGGUAUGAGCGGUAG